GUACGUCAUCAUGUGCGGAUUUAAUAUUGCCAGCUCUAGCUUCCCUGUUCUGCCUUUGUGCUUUUUCUCCCUUUUUCCCCUGAUGCUUGCCUUCACCGUAAAUGCUUUUCUGAUUCCUCUCCACUGUCUUGCAAUUCACUCUGUGUGAAAGAGUGGCAUACCUAUGCCAACCCCUUCUAAUAGCAACCAUGUUCUUUACUGACGUAGACUUACUGAAAUGGGGGGCAGGCAUAUUUGAGACCGUCUGAUCUUUCCAUAUUUUCCAUGUUCUUGUCUUUUUGCUGUUUUUUCUUUUUCCUUACCUUCUUCAUAGAUGGAUCUGAAAGAGUAAAGAAAAUAUUUCUAUUUAUUUGGUACCCGUGGCAGCACUUGGUUCAGUGUUACGGGUUCCUGGAUGUUUGCCUCAGUCCUCACAAACUAGGAAGAAAACGUGCAUUAGGAUAAUGUGGUCCUAGAGCAACCAAAGCUCGCAGGAAAUGUUGGGCUCAGUAACGUGAAGGAGAGAUCGCCUGUUUACUUGAAGCUAACCCCAAGCUGACACUUCACUACAGACAAACAGUUUGUCAAAGAUGAGGCUAGACGGAGCAGCUUCUUGCUAUCUCAACUAUGGAAGGCCAACUUUGUGCUAACUUGGAGAUUUCUGUGGAAAAACCUCCAGGAACAAGCCCUCCGUCCUUCAUUGCUUUGCUGAAGAUAUACCGAGAGCUUCUGGUCAGUAAAAUCCGAAACACGCAGUGUUUGAUUGACAACUUGAUUAACAAUGAGUACUUCUCCACCGAGGACGCCGAGAUUGUUGUUCAAUUUCCAACUCAAGCAGAUAAGGUUCGCAAAAUCCUAGACUUGGUUCAAAGCAAGGGAGAAGAAGUUUCAGAAUAUUUCAUCCGUGUCCUACAGAAAGUCACUGAUGCUUACUAUGAACUUCAGCCUUGGCUGGAUGAAAUAGGUUACGAGCCUUCAGAGAACAUUUGUAGCAGACCUGUGGUAAAUACAGAUCCAGUUAGCAGGUAUUGCCAGAAACUCAGACAUGAGCUGGGACGAGACUCCAAGUUUGUUAUGUCAUAUGCUCAGAGGGAAGAGAUGCUGCUUGAAGAAACUUACUCUAACAGUAUUAUGGAGAUGGUCAAUUUCACCAAUGAGAGCCUAGGUGAAGUGUGUCAAUUAGAAGCCCUUUUUGAUGAUGCAGUUGGGCUAAUUAAUGAGGAUGGAGAGACUAUUUAUGUCUUCGGCGAUGCAGGAAUUGGAAAAUCUAUCUUGCUGCAGAAGAUACAAAGCCUGUGGGCCAGAAAACAGUUGGAUAUAGGGGCCAAAUUUUUCUUCCGUUUCCGAUGUAGAAUGUUUAGUUGCUUUAAGGAAGAUGAAGCCAUAUGUUUGAAAGACUUGCUCUUCAAAUAUAAUUGCUACCCAGACCAGGACCCCGCAGAGGUGUUCCAUCACAUCUUACAAUUCCCUCAUACGGUUCUUUUCACGUUUGAUGGCUUUGAUGAGAUCUAUUCCAACUUCGAUCUGAGUAGUGUUCCUGAAAUGUGUUCACCCGAUGAACCCAUCCACCCCCUGGUGCUGCUGGUAAGCCUACUCAGAGGAAAGCUUCUUAAGGGAUCCAAGAAAAUUCUUACAGCACGGACGGGAACUGAGAUCCAAAGAAACAUCAUUAGAAAGAAGGUGUUGCUCCGUGGUUUCUCCAGCAGUAACCUGAAGGAAUACACUGCCAUGUUUUUCAAAGAUGAGGGGCAACGAACACUGGUAUUGAACCAGCUGGAAGCUAACCCCAAUCUCUGCAGUUUGUGCUCAGUGCCUUUAUUUUGUUGGAUUAUCUUUAAAUGCUACGAACACUUCCAUUCCAUGUAUGACAGCCACGAACUUCCAGACUGUUCUGUUACACUGACAGAUGUGUUUCUGCUAAUGGUUGAAGUCCAUCUGAACCGGUCUCUGAAAACAAGUUUGCUGAAGAACAACACCAGGAGUCAAGCAGAGAUGUUCAAAGCAAGAAAGGAAACUCUUCUAGCCUUGGGUAAAAUUGCAUACAGAGGGAUGGGGAACUCCUUCUUUAUCUUCGAGCAGGAGGAGGUCACAGCAGCAAACAUCUCUGAAGAAGAUUUGCAAUUGGGUUUUCUCAGGACAGUUAAAGGUUAUACUGGCUUUGACAGUCAGUCCACUUAUGAGUUCUUGCACUUAACCCUUCAGUCUUUUUUCACAGCUUUGUUCGUGGUUAUUGAAGAGAGAGUGGGCACCAAGGAGUUACUUCAGUUUUUCAAUGAAUGCUCUUCCACUGAGACUGCCCAGCCUACUUGCCUUCACAUCCCUUGGUUGAAGAAACACCUGGCAGGGGAGGAUCCAUUCCGAAACAACGAACACUUCCAUUUUACCAACCUUUUCCUUUGUGGCCUGCUUUCCAGAUCCAAGCAGAAGCUCUUCAGGCACUUAGUUUUGCCUGCAGUCAUUAAGAGGAAGAGAAAGACACUCAUCACAUACCUUGGGGAGAGCAUGAAAUCCCACCUGAAGGGCCUCACUCGGUCCAGGCUCCUCAACUACAAUCAGAUUCAGGUCCAGCCAAAUUUUGUUUGGAUGCUGAGGUGCCUUUAUGAGACUCAAAGCGAGAAAGUGGGCAAGCUGGCUGCCAAACGCAUGCACGCCAAUUACAUCAAGCUGACAUACUGCAAUGCCUACUCUGCUGACUGCAGUGCCAUUUCCUUUGUCGUGCACCACUUCCAGAAGCGCCUGGCUCUGGAUUUGGACAACAACAACAUCAAUGACUAUGGAAUAAAACAGCUGCUGCCAUGUUUCAGCAAGCUUGCCGUGAUCAGGCUCAGUGUAAAUCAAAUCACAGAUCAUGGAGUAAGGAUAUUAUAUGAAGAACUCUCCAAGUACAAAAUUGUGACUUUCUUGGGCUUAUACAACAAUCAAAUCACUGAUGUUGGAGCCAAAUAUGUUGCGAAACUCAUUGAAGAAUGCUCAAGCCUUGAAUAUGUUAAAAUAGGAGCAAACAAAAUAACUAGCGAAGGAGGGAAGUGCCUCGCCCAGGCCAUCCAGAAGAGCAAGACAAUGUUUGAAAUUGGGAUGUGGGGUAAUCAAGUUGGAGACGAAGGUGCAAAGGCGUUCGCAGAGGCCCUGAGGAACCACCCGACGUUAACGAACGUGAGUCUCGCAUUCAAUGGCAUCACGUCAGAGGGAGGCAAAAGUAUUGCUGAAGCCAUGCAGCACAACAACUCCGUGAAAAUAUUCUGGUUGACAAAAAAUGAGCUGGAUGAUGAGGCAGCAAUGAGUUUUGCAGAGAUGCUGAAGGUCAACAAGAAACUGGUGCACUUAUGGCUUAUCCAGAAUCAAAUUACAGCCAAAGGGGUGAAGUACCUCAGCGAAGCUCUCAAGGAGAACACGGCUAUUAAAGAAGUCUGUUUGAACGGGAACCUGAUAAGCCAAGAAGAAGCCAAAGCUUUUGAAAAUGAAGAGCGGAUCAUUUGCUUCUGAGUGAGGACUUUGCCAUUUUGACAAGCUUCAUGUUACAAAGACUGCUCCUACACUUGGACUACAGAGUUUAUAAAGGCAUAAACCAGCAGUACUCGUGGCAGGAGAGAGAGAUGUGAUUAGCUGCGUUUUUAUGAGCAAGCUGCGCUCCCUCGGCUCCAUCCCUUACCCUGCUCGCAAUUCUUAAUCCUUUCGGUGAGUGGGAAGUUGCCUUGGUAAAUAAUUCAUGUCUGUAUCCUGCUUUGAAGAUGAAACGCAAAGUGCUAACAGACCAAAUCGAGGAGCAGGUAUAUGGAUUUGGGUAACUGAGUUUAGAUUUAUUCUGUACACUGAUGUAAAUAAUCUCUAACUUAUUUAUACACACACGUACACGAGAAGGGGUGCAAGAUGCCCAGACUCCACAAGCUCACAGUAUUAUCUGCUUCAUAACUGAAAACGAUGGUCUUACUGCAAACAUAAACUGGCUGUAAUAGUUGCAUGGAACCGAUGCUAUCAGCAUGAAUCCUCUUCUACUGCCUAGAAAUGAGGCCUUCAUUUUCCCACUGGAAAACAGUAGUUGUAGGCACCAUAUUUUCUUUUUUUUUUUUUGAUAAAUGGAUACGUGAGAUUCAGAUUACCUUCAAUAAUCUUUUUUUUUUCCCUAUUGAAACCAAUACAUGUUCUUUUACACAAGCAGAAAACCUUACUACCAUCGCUGCAGAAUCAUAAUACUGGCAGUAAAACACUUUUGCUUAAAAUUUCCUGAGGGCUGCAUAGAAACUGCCACCUCCUGCUCUCACAGUAUUUGUUCUGGGGAGAGGGUCUGGAGAUAAAUGUGAAAAAUUAAUUAGCAGGCUGUUCAUUGCCUUGGCUCUUGGCCUAGACACUGUGCUGGUGGCAAUACACCAAUAUGAAGUUGCCUAGCUUCAGGGGGGAGAAAGGACAAUUGAAAAUCAAUUGCGUCAAGUGGAAAUCCCUUCUCCCAGCAACACGUAAGCACAAAAAAGCACUGAGAUUUGCUUGGAAACUUUUUAUCCUAUGCGUCAACUAGUGCUAAGCACAAGGCAAGGUGCACGUAGCAAUGAUAAGGACCAGCAAGAAAACACUGUCCCCUUCCAAAGUAAUUAGCGUUUAGAGAAUGUUACUUUAGAAAGCCUUAAAAGAAAUCAGUUUACAGAGAAGCAGGGUGCUUGAUAUUUAUUUCUUGGUGCAUAUUAGGCAUUCUUCAUAAGGGGAAUCUCAAAUUCUACCUUACACUGCUUACAAAGAGCCGAAAAUGGAAAAGCACGAUCCAGCUUCCUUCCUUCUGCCAUGCUGUUGUCCCCCUAAAACUUUGAGAAAUGAUUCUGCAGUUGCUGACUAACCCACAAAAUUUCUUGACUAACCAAAAAAAGGCUUUCUCUAUAGGUUUUCUCCUUUUCCUGCUUGGUAGCAGACCUUUACCAGUUCUCAGUUCUGUCUGCUCUUUACAGCUCCUUAACAUAUUUUACAAUACUCAUAAAGCUUUUCACAAAAUAAGCAGUUUAAAGAAAAAAAAAAAGAUUAAAAACAACCUAGUAAUUAUUUUUCAGUGACUUUUCGUCCCUGCCCAUGCUAUCAGCACUGAUUUUUUUUAGAUGGAGGCAGGCAGAUGAAGCUUUCAGACUGUGCCAGAGGAAAGUCAGUGAAUGAUUUCUGCACCUGAGCCAUUUGUUUACUGAAGCAAAAGGGCACAGUUACAUAUGAGCUGGAUUUCAGUUGCAAAAACAUCUGCCAAAACCAGGACUUUAAAGCUUUCUCAGUCACUUCAACAAAUCAGACACCCGUGCACCUCGUCAAAAUCUUGUUCCUGGUUUAUCUUACGAAGGGAGGAGACACCAGGGCGAGAAGGGCCUUCCCCAGAGCUGUCACUUGCCUGUGUUGGCAGAGUGCUCCCAGUUUGCUCUAAUCAUUGAAUUAGUUGCUUGUUUUCUGUGCCAGUCACACCCCCUUGGUUUCAGGGAAGAUUUCAGGUUGCAAGAGCUCUUCUGGGCUGGCCCAAAGGUCUGGGUCCAGCUGAGUCUGGCUCUGACAACCGAGAGGUUUCCCAGCACCCUGCUCCCGAGUCGCGUCACAGCUCUGGGAUGCUGGGGCUGGCGAAACUGCUCGGGGGCUGCUUGAGUGUCCUACUUUGUUGGCACAGCACUUGGGGCUGCAUUUCUUUCUUUGUAGUCUUACCAGACUACUUGCAGGGAGCUUCUGAUCAACACUUUUGCGGUUUGCAGCGAGAGCCAUGUUUACUGGAACACAGACACAACUGUAACUUUUUAAGACUUGCUUGUAAUUUGUGAAGACGUUCUCUGUAUGCAGCAUUAUGUUUUUUUCUACUUGUCUGCUGUGAUAAUAAACAGCUUUUUAAAGAACUCCAACAGGCUGCCUGCAAGUUCUUUGGCUUUGCUGAAGCAGCGUCAAGCAGACACUUGGCUAGCUCAAGACAGAAACGUGACAGCCUAAUUCUGGCUGCCGAAGCCAGCGAAGAGCUGUCACAGCUGGAGAAAGGUGCUCACAAGGGACUGCUGAGGCAGCGAGUGCAGCCUGGUCACAGCACUGAAGGAAACCUCGAGUGACUCAGGGGUACGUACAGCAACUCUGCUGCCAGGCCUGCUGCAGGAGCUCGCUGUGUUUCCACGCACUGCUGGGGUGAACUCCUGCUGGUGGGAGCGUGCACCACGCGUAUUUGGCUGGUGUGAGCAGCAUGCAAGCACUGGCAGUGAUGGGAUAAUACAGCAGCCCUUGAGAGGUCCGUUGCAACGCUGUGGUUUCACAUUCUGGUCACACACCACCAGUGCUUUGGGAAAGGAUGAGUCGCUGAGAGUUUCGUGUGCUAGCUGGGUGCUAGAACUGUGUCUCCAGCCAUCAGAAGCCAUGCUGAGACGGCUCCCAUCGCCCUGGCACGGUGCUUACACACUAGGUGUUGUGCUGGCAGGUCCCUGAGCACAUGCAAGGGUUUGCUGUGUGCUGGCAGCAUGGGGCUGCAGAGUGUGCAGGGGGGGCCCUGGCAGCCCAGCAGAGCUGCUUGCUUGCUCGGCCAUGCGUGGAGCCACGGACUUCUCAACUGAUAAAACAGUUCUUAGAAGCAAAAAGCGGCAGCUGCACAUGAAAGAGUUGAAUCUUGCUUCAGAAGGUAGAAACAGAAUACCAGGACUGAGCUGGAAGAAAACGGAGGCCAGGCUGGGAGCUGCCUUCUGCACUCCAGGACUCAGAUGUGCCAUGCAGCAGGGCCCCCACACACAGCCCUUCCUGCCAGCCCCUAGGGGCCCGAAGGAUAACAGAGGGAUGGUUUUUGUGCAAGCUGAGCACCACCGGCCAACUGUGUGCAGUGCAGAUGAGCCUGGAGUCAGGCAUCUUCAUGAAGAACGGUGCCCACAACAUGGCCACUUCCAUCAGCGCAGAGGAGUGACCGCAGACGGGACCAAACCAGCCCUUGCACAGAGCCUGUCCCUCUCUGCAGGUUGGCUCUUGUGGAGAAGAGCACCAGAGCUCAAGCCCUAGCAAACCCUUUGCAAACAACUAAAUUACGCCCCGCCGCUUGCAUCCUGGGCUUCAGCCUGCACACAGGAGGCAGCAACUUAAUCAGCUGCGAAAGCCUCAUGAGCCGCAGACUUGGAGCUCGUGGACUGGCGCAAAUGAAGCCGUCAAGUGUUCAUGCCCCUGCUACCUGCCAGCCUCUUUAAUCCUGAAUUUAGCAGAUGUGAAUCCUGGCACAGGUGACUUGAAAGAGCUUUCCUCCUAACAAGCCACCGGUCCGCUGGGGCAGAGGAGGAGACCCCACUGCAGCAUGGCCCCAUGGUGGGACUUUCUGGUCGGUGACGGAGCCAGUCUGGGGCAGACAGAGACUUUGUUCCUUUCCUUUUCCCAGCAUUUGAAACCUGCUUAAAGAAUCAGCGAGGAAGGGAGGGGAGGAGACAAACGUCUUGGUUAAAAUUUAAACGCGUGUUCAAACAAAGAAGUCUGUAACCAGGGUGAAAAGGAAAAGCAGGGCAGGAGCCUGACACAGAGUGUGACUCAAAAUGCAGGGGGCUGAGCCCGGAGAGGCACCAAGCACCUGCAGCUCCCACCGCACUCAGCUGAGGGCCCUUCCCCUGGCUUUUAACGUCUGCCUCCCCUAUUCUCUCGCCUUUAUGAGGAGUGAGUCAUCUUGCGUCAACCGACCAUGGGCUUCAUACAAUUAUUUAUUUAUGUCAAACCCUCCUCCCUGCCCCCACGCGUCCCUGAUCUCAUCCCCCUCAGAAAACAGAUGCUUUAUUAAGCGAGGCCUGGAAAACCCUGUCCCGCUCAGCUUCUGCGAGGGCUGCCCAUUGUCCGGGCGUGAGCAGGGUCCUGCUGCGGCCUCACCUUUCUGGAUGUGGGCACCUCUCCCCCCAGGGGGCACAGGGCCAGGUCCGUGACCAAGCUGCUGGAGGUGCACGCGGGGCUCCAGCCCACACCCGCUAGGGCACGGACAUGGCUCCUCACGGGUAGCCCCGGAAGGAGCACGAGGCCCUUCAGCUCAGGGCAUUGAGAAUCCCAGGGGAGAGUAAACAUCCCCGUUUAGCUCCAGCUGCUGAAGGGGACCCUUCCUGCUCUCUCCCUGCUCCUUGGCCACACGUUUUGCUCCCCUUGCUGCUCCAAGGGAUGCGGUGUCCAGCAGCUAAUGCUGGCCAUGCCCGUGUCAGGCCCCGCACACACACAGUGGCUCACAGCAGAGCCAUGAGGUGAACGCGAUACCAACUGGCUCCACAGAUCUAUGUUUCACACCCAAAAUCCCGCACCUACCAAAACGGACUCAUUUCCAGCGGAUUUUCCUGACGCGAGGCCAAGCCUGGCGCUAACUAAUUAGCCACUGCUCCCAUAAUACAGCUCCCGUUUCACAUGCCGAAGACAGAGGAGGAAAACGUAUGAAUUACUGGCAGUGAAGGAGAAUUCAGGCUUCCCAGAAGGCAAUCAGGAGAAAAAAAAGAAAGUUACACUAGGAAGAGAUAGGAACAUGUUCCUUAGUAACUACAUCCAACUGUCUUGCUGCGGACUAGAACAAUUCACGCAUUAAACCCCUCAUCUCCCAAGGAGAGAGCUGCAAGGGUUGUAAACUCUUGCCAGGCUUUAACAAGGGGCUGAGCGACCCCAGCCGCUCCAGAAGGCUGCUCUCACAGGCAGAGCAAAGCGAGGAAGGACAGCCAGCCUCGGAGACAUCUUGCCACCAUGCCGAUGGCCCAGCUGGGAGCAGCACCUGCUGGGUUGAGCUGACGCGCGGCCGUAUGAAGGUGCUUCCUGCCUGCGGAGCGAACUCCUUUCAUUUUCACCACCCACACAUGUAAUGCGCUCCAGUUCUGCUCAGAGCACCCACAGCUCGUCCCCUGACUGGGACUAGGGGGGAAUCCAACGCCUCCCCCAGCAGCUCCUCUGCCUUGGGCUCGCUGCUUUCCAGCGGGGGCCACAGGUCCCCGGAGACAUGGAGUAAUGAUGGGGUCAGGCCUUCAGCGCCUGCAGCUGCCCACCCACCGCACACAGUGCCGGAGGCAACGCCGACGAGUUGGGUAGCUGCGGUCCCCUUUGGAGGCAAUGAGAAAAAAGAGGGGGAGCAGUUUCGUGUGUGGUUUGUGUUGGUUUUGAGUUGCGUUGUUUUUUAAGCUGCCCACAUGAAUUUUCCAUCUCCAGACCUGGCUGGUCUUGAAGGCCUCCAUGUCUGUGAAGAAUUGCCGCAGGAGACAUCAACCAGCAGGCUGCCAGCUCUGAGCUAGCAGGAUGAGGGCCUGCCCUGCAGCAGGCCCCACGAGGGGCAGAGGGGCUCUGACAGCCUUAAGGCUGGCCCCGAGGGUCGAGAUCCCCACCUGCAGGGCCUCAGACAGACAGGAGAGCCCGCUGCCCUUCGAGCUGGGUCUACACAUUUCUCUUCCUCCACUUUCAGUUUGGCCUGUAGCACAGACACAUGGCAGCUCUGCCCCGCCACGGCAGUGCCUCAUCCAAUACUUUACAACCAAAAUCACCUGGAAGUGUGAAGAAAACUGUGCUUCAAAAGAUUUAUUACAUAUAUUUGUACAUAUUUUACAUGAAUGGAAUGUUAACAUACAACCUAAAAAUCAAUAAAAAAAUAUUUUCAUUCAUGAUUAUGUACUGGCAGACCAUUGAAAAGAGUACCUCAGAACAACUUAAGUCAACUUGCAAUCAUACUGCUCAAUUGAAAAAAAAAAAAAAAAAAGGAAAUACAAACACGUUUUACAUUAGACAUUGCAAAUUACAUUCCGAUUUCUGCUCAGGGUAAUGAAGGAAGACAUCUUGUCCAUUACCACUGCACGUACGUGUGGCAUCCCAGGAGCUAGCACUGCGCUCUGUGGGCAGGGUUAGCUCUGUGGGGAGAGGCGUAGGGAAGGGGGAACACAGACUGCACUCUCUAGCAGCAGGUACGCCUGCCAAAUGGUAAGGGAGAGCUAGAAUGAGACUCUCAGUCAAGUAAGAAGGUGAAUGCUGGAUCACCGCAGCUUUUAAAAUUAAGCAGUUCCUUAAAGCAACCCCCCGGCAGCUGAGCCACCUCCUUUCUUCCUUGAAAGUUCGAGUACUUUGGCAAUAUCAGCUGGAAGAGAACUUCUGACUGUGCAGCAAUGAAUACUUCAGCUUCAUCUUAAUACAUACAGGAAGAUCACAGAAUCAUGCUUUGAUGUCUCUUCCUGUUAGCAUUUCGCACCUUGGGAGCUCGUGACCAGUUAUGUGGAGAAGUGUUUCCUAUUACGUGUAACAAAUUAGCAAGGAAAAGGGCAGAUUUGAGGGAAAAACAAGAGGAACAGGAUUCAGCAACAGAUUAUGUACUUGCAACAUUGGGUUACUUACAUUUGAAACUCUGCCAGUAUCGAGCAAAUCCUACUUAUCAUUGCAAAAUCUUUGCCAAAGCACACUCAAGGGCAAAAGUCUCUCAAACAUACAUAAAUAGAUUAAAAGCUGCCAGAAGGAUCGGCAGCUAGCUGGCUUGCUGCCUUCCAGUUAUUGUACACUGGCAACCUAUUAGAUCAAAGCCAGAGCCACGUCUAACCUUUUCCAGGUGCAGGAUAUUCCCGCAACGCUUUAUCUGAGCAAGUCUUCAGCAACUGGUAACGCUGUACGAGGUCGUUUUACGGUUUGCCCCAUCAUCAGCUCUGACGCAUUUAAGUAAGAAAUUACUUUCCAGAACACUAUACAGUGGGUUGGGCAGCCAAGCAGACUGGGUAGGGCAGCACUCAGAAGAUAACCAAAUGCAACUUGAGAGAGUCAAGACUGUUUUUUUGUUUUUUGUUCCCCCCCAGUAGGCUAAAAGAUCCUCAGUUUGAUUUUAGAAACAAGUUAAUUUAUAUUGGAGAAACAUCGCAUUAGUUUUAUAUUUAGGAAACAAACACUGAACACAGUUCUGUUUCUCUCACAGAUUAUUUUGAGUGACACAAGGUUAAGUGGUACAAGCUGAUGAUGCUGCUAAAGGAAAAAAAAAACGUUUGGCUGGUUUGUAGCAAAACUCAUAACAAGCCCUCCUCUUUCAACCACAGUCUCUUACUUUAAUUUUGCUGGUGCCAAUUGAAAGGAUUUCCAAUGGGGAUAUGGCCCUAAAAUGUAGCACGCCUUCAGCUACAAACAAGGGAAGAAAUUUAUACUAAAAUGGCUUUUAAGCUUGGCGGGGUGGAAAGUGAAUUAGAAAAUACAACACUCAUCAAGAACUAAGACAGUCCUCCACUGGCAAAGUGAGCUGGAAGAUCCCAUGGUGGCAUUUCUGCAUUCCCCGGUGUAUGGGAGUCUCUCAGCAGGAAACUCCCAACCGUACAUACAGAAUUAGCAGAUACAAAACUACAAUACCAAACUUGUGCACAAAUGUUCUCUUUCAUGUGACAAAGCAGCUAAAAUUCACAAACUCGGAGAUGUCAUGGCCUGCAUCAAAACCAACAUACGUUUUGUUGCUGUCUCCUUAGAGAUGUUAGUAGCAUUUGAGUGCCAUGUUCCCUUGUUUUGGUGGAACACAGAAGACACGCAGUAAGUUUCUGAAGCCCUCGAAUGGAAAAGGUGGUGCACCAAAAGCAGCCAUAAACACAUCUCAUGUAUUAGGCAUUACACGUCUAUAAGCACCAGCACAAAGAUCCACAUUUCUGAAUAAAAAUGAUCUUUCUCACUUUUGCUGGGAGUCAGUUUUACCAGCUCUCCAGUCUUUCAGCAAAGACUUAAUUAAAAAGCCAGUGCUCCUAGCGUUAGGAACUAGGACAGAUAUAUAAACCUGGAGAUUGUUUAAGUCAUAAAAACCCCUUUACACCAUAAAGGGGGGGAGCAGGGAGAGAAAAUAAAGGUCACAAGUACCCACCCACAUCUUUGUACAUUACUUACACAUUUUCCAUUUCAAUAUACUGCAGUACACUUACCCUGGAAUAUGAAAAUUAAAUUGAUUACAAAUAAGACCAUCUGUUUUACGCUUUAUUCUUCCCAAAAAUAAAAUACCACAAAUAUGCAGUGUGCUUCAUAGUUUUUCCUUUUCCCACUGAAUUCACCACCUAACAAACAUGUCGAAAGAAAACUAGCUAACUACUUCCAAAGGAAAACGAUAUUAGAGAGAGCGAUUUAUAAGAGACAGGGCAAUCAGUGCCCUGCGCUGACAGUAGCACGGCUCUCUUGGCAUUGUAUGGAGGGCAGUUAUGUACAAACCAAAUCACAGCCACCUCCACUACGAACUUCUGAACACAAGUUGCCACUCAAGAUACACGGGUAUGUGACGAGCUCAGAAAAACCUCACAUUUCAAGACAGUGUUGAGUCUACUCUUCCCCUUCUGGCAAGCAGCAUGUUUAUGGCAGACCUGAGUAUGGGAAUCAUUUCACACCCUUACGUACUUGGGGAAGAUAUAGGCCAGAUGACAGAAAAUACUCCAAAACAGCACAGAAUUGGCAAUCUUAAUAUAUUUACAGGCAAAGAAGCAUAUCGCAGUGUAAUUUUAGUUAUUGCUUCUCGUGGACAAGUGUGGGAUUCCUUGACUGAGACACAGGACUUGUUUGGUGUUUAUUUCCCCCUUCUGAAGCACAAUGACUCAGGACCACUGCAAGGACGUUUCUAAAACGAAAGUGUUGCCUGUUAUUUCAGCUACGUCUACAGCAUGGUUGUCUCCAGCUGGCCAACGUAGCUGGUGACAAAGCUUAUGAAGGCGAAUAUCCACAGGCAUUUUCAAACCCAAGCAUCAGUCUCAUGCUUCCAGGGUCACUCCUGGCUUGGUCUAUAUUACAAGUUUUGAUAGAAGAAAACCUACCUUAGCCUUUCAGAAGAAAUUUAUAAGUACCAAGAAUGCAAAACCAUCAUCUAGGGCCGGCCUCGUAUCAGUUCCUCAAACAAACCAAAGUACUGCAACUCUGAUGGAAGCAGGAGCAGACUCCUGCCUGCAAAACCACGCAUCGACGCGACAGCUAGUGGCAUGCUGUUCAAACACCGGCCCUACGUGUAGGACAGCAGUGAGAGCUGCUGGAUCUUUACACCACCUACUUGCAUCUGAACACAGGAAAUCCAGGUGCCCAAAACAGCAGUAAAUGAACUAGAAAUAUGAACUACCAAAACCAAGCUUAAGUAGUAAACAGAUUUAUAAUAUUUAUCUACUUAAUCCCCCAGCCAAAGACUAUCUAUGACCUUGGAGCACAGGACACCAACAUGCUAACCUACCCGCUUUACAUAUUACAGGUGAGUUUCUGUAGGCGUGAAGCCAACAGCAAACAUCGAAUCAACGUGAAUGCGAAAGCUUUCCUUUCAGAAGACAGCGGGAAUUUAAAACAUUGGAAAAGUGGGCCUGCAGGCAACACCACUGCUUGAGUACUACAGGUGCUGUAAUCCCUCCUACCCCCCAGCCCCUAUGACAAUACAAGGCAACACAAAUGGUUCUCGGCUAAAAAGGAAUCUGUACAGGGAACUACUGUACACGUGAUGUGACUACAGAAUUGAAAGUGUGACAAAAUGGUUCUGCUCCCACUGAAAAAGAGAAUACAGCAGGGCCCCACAGCUACAGGUUCAGCUGAAACCAGUGAUGCAAGCCCAAAAAUGUAGAAACUGCACCGUCAAUUACGAAAAUUAUCUAGUUUGGACUCCUUUAGAUUUGCAGCAUAACAAUGGCAUUUUACAGUGCAACAUUUGGGGAAAAUUGUUAUCCAGGAAAGAACUGCUCUGCAAGCAAGACAGGAGAGUCUAUUAACAUGCACUGCACUUGUUCUCCUGGAUAGCAGCAGUUGCUCCUGCUCUUUGCCCUUUUUGAUAUGAAUCACAGUAGCAACAGAGAGAAAUAUGUAUUUAAACAAAAGAAGAACAGCAGAAUUAUGUAUGUACAAGAAAGACGUUUGAAGUGUGCAAUUUAUUUUCGCUACUGAAACCCACUAAAACUGCUGUCAGGAAUAAAUAUUCAUAAACUCUUCCCUGUACUGUGAAAUUCAGAUACUACUAGGAUUAAUUCUUGAUAUAAAAAGUACUCUUCUAAGCCCUGAUAUCUGUUCCAGUUUUUUGUCUUAUUUUUUUUUCUUUUUUUGAACUGUAAUACCUUAUGGGAACUAAUACUUAACCACAGUUUUACUUGGUGUACCCCCCAGAGACAACCGGUGUUUCAUGGAGCCCUGGUUAUACUAAUAUAAUACAGUAAAAUAAUAAUAAAUUAAACAAAUGCAGGUGCCUCUAAAAAAAGAACGAAAAACCACACUGUCAAAUGCUAGCCUCCACAUGAAGAGACCAAUGAUUUAGAUGCAAAGUACUACAAAUCCUGCCAUCAGAUAAAACAUUCAAACAAGGAAACAAAGAAAAACUUGCACAUACGUGUUUUAAAAAUUAAACACAAUUCCCACCUUGAUGUUAUCUCACCCAUGCCUAUUAAAAAAAAAAAAAAAAACACUCUUGCUGUGCCCACAUUUGUAGUUAUUCAUUUCCACCUCAGGAGGCAGCCUGGAGAUGAGAGUAGUACAAUAAAAUAAUUACCUGAAACAUUUUUAAAAAAAUACCCGUUAAACAAAUUACCUUAACUGGCAGCACUUAAAAUUGGUAAUUCUUCUUUUUUCCUAUUUAAAAAAAAAGUUGCAUAGCUGUAAGAUUUUGCUUUGCUGCAUUUUUUUUGUUUUGUUUUUACUCACAAGCAGUAAAAGAGAAGUUUUAGUUUCUUAAAUAGCAAUACAAUGUGCAGAUUUCAACAAUCCCUAUAGCUUGAUCAAUAUAAAUUAGUUACCUGUCCCAGUUUUACUCUUUGGACUGCAUUGUGACAAAGGUUUAGUUACAAAAUUUUGAAAUAUAGUAUUCCUAUGCAGAGAAGUUUGUUUUCUGUUCUUGUAAAAGUGAAGAACAUAAAACAGGGUGUGAAUUCAGUAAAUAAGGUCACACUGUUAGAUUACAUCUAAUUUGCCAUUUACUCUUCUUCAGCCAAUGAGAAGGUGAAAACGUCCCCAUUUAAAAAUGGGGCCACCCUCCUGCAAGGGUCUCAGAUAGCAUGUAUCGAACGUCUCGGCUUCCACUUGAGGCAGCAGGAAACAUGUCCAAUAACCCGCUUCUUCACAGAACCAGAAGUUAGGCUGAAGUUAGGAACUUUGGCCUUCAAUACAAAAGAGUGUCAAUAAUGUCUGUGGGGAGUAGAUUGUUACAGAAUGUGCAGCAUUUUCAAAAUCCCUGUGUGUCCUUUGCAUGAGUGUUUGGUAUACUGAGCACUACUGGUGUCUGCAAUGCUUUUUUCAUGUCACUGUCCAUCUUUGCCUUUUUCAGCCACAAAGAACAGUUAAGUCUCAAGCCAGGCACGCUGUGUUCAGCAAGGGAACCGCAGAUCUCCUAUGUUUUCUGAUCAGUGGAAGCAGCU